CGAAGAUCCUUUCAGUUAGAGAGAAUAUCUCAAUUUCACAUGUACUCUCGCUUCGUCUACUCUCGACUUGAUCGGAAUCAUCACAACGGCGACGGCGACGGCGACGAUGGACAUAUUCGCACAAACCAGUCGUAUCGGCACAUUCCAUCGCCGUCAUCAAGUUCACACGACUGUAAAAGUUGAAGCGCCGUUGUUCUACAAGAAGACGACAGAGAAUAAGUUGUUUUUCUCAUCAUCUUCCAUAUCCAGGGCUAAUUUUAAGCUCCGAUGUCAUCCGCCUGAGUUGGAUACUAUUGGAAAGCAGGAACACCCCAUUAACUCGGGAAUUGCAGAUGAAGUGUGGCCAUCCCCAAGUGACGAAACUCCAUUCUGGAAGAGGGACUUUCCUUCAUGGGAUGUCAGCUUAGAAGCUCCCACCGAUGUCGAGAAAGAUUGUGACCCUAUGCAUAUAGUUCACGUGGCUGCUGAAAUGGCACCAAUAGCAAAAGUUGGUGGUCUUGGAGACGUGGUCACUGGACUUGCCCGUGCCUGUUCAGUCCGUGGCCAUAAAGUGGAAAUAAUGCUUCCUCUGUACGAGUGUAUCCAGUUGCAGCAAAUCAGCGAUUUCACUCUUCUCAAGACAUAUGAGACAUAUCAUGAUGGGAAGUGGAUUCCAGUGAAUGCAUACAGAGGAGAAGUUUUAGGCAUCCGUGUGAUAUUCAUUGAAUCAUCAAAUCAAUUCUUUAAAGGGCAAUCUGUGUAUGGUGGCUCAUAUGAUGAGUUGGAGGCGUAUUUGUUCUUUAGCCGAGCCUGUCUUGAAUGGAUGCAGGUUACUGGUAUGCAGCCUGAUAUUAUCCACAUCCAUGAAUGGCAGACAAGUGUAUUAUCUCUGCUUUACUGGGAUAUGUAUAAUCAUCUAUCACUAAAGAAACCAAGAAUAUUGCUCACAAUACAUAAUAUGGAGCACUAUGGAGAGUGCAGACAAGAGCAACUUAGUAAAUGUGGUGUUGAUGGAUCCAUAUAUGCAACUGCUGAUAAGGCUAUUGAUGAUCGAACGAUUGGGCACAAUCCCGAGAGGUUAAGCUUAUUAAAAGGAGGGAUUGUAUACAGUAACGCAGUAGUCACAGUCUCCCAAACAUACCUUCAGGAGACUCUAUAUUCUGGAUGGCUUGCUAACAACUUGAUAAAAAAUAAGGACAAGUACUAUGGGAUUCUAAAUGGCAUAGAUACAUCAAUGUGGGACCCUUCCAAAGAUGUCUUCUUGCCUGCAAAAUUCAAUGCUCUAGAAACUGAAGGGAAGAUGAUAUGCAAACAGUUUGUUCAAAGAGGGUUUGGUUUGCUCUCUGAAAGCACCAAAGUGGAUAAGCCUAGCACUAAAAGAAGGGUACCUUUAGUUGUCUGCAUCUCUCGCCUGGUUGCUCAGAAGGGUCUUCAUCUAAUAACUCACGCAAUUAAGCAUGUUGAAAAUCUUGGUGGGCAAAUGAUUAUACUGGGGAAAACUUCAGAUAGUCGGGUUGAAAGAGAAUUUGAAGCUCUAGCAGAUUUGCAUAGUAAAGGCUCCAACAUCCGGAUACUUCUUUUCUACAGUGAAGAAUUAUCACACAUGCUUUAUGCUGCUGCUGACAUGGUGCUUGUUCCUUCCAUAUAUGAGCCAUGUGGACUGGCCCAGAUGCUUGGAAUGCGUUAUGGAGCGGUCCCAAUAGUAAGAAAGACAGGUGGUCUUGCAGACACAGUGUUCGAUUUGGAUGAUGAAUCCAAGUCCAACAUGGCUAACGGGUUUGUGUUCGAGGGUACGGAUGAAGGUUCCUUGACUCAUGCUCUAGACCGCGCAUUUCUCUAUUACCAAAAGAAGCCCGAUGAAUGGAAUGAUAUCGUCAAGAGAGUAAUGACGAUAGACAAUAGUUGGAACAACACAGCUGGAAAAUACGUCCACGUUUACAACUCUAUAAGGGCGAGAUGAUAAAAUACCAUCAUAUGUAUUGUGGAGGUUGCAGCUUCAGCUCACAUGGAACAAAUUUCAUGAUGAGCUUAGAAAAAUAAAUGUUAUUAUUAUUAUGCAAUAGUUCAAUUCAAAAUGUGUUAUAAAUCAAAACCACUAACUUGCUAAAAUUAUAAAAAAGUUUUUGUCA